GCCCCGGAUCCCGCCUAUGGGCGCACGUCACCGCGCGCUAUAAGCAUAAAGCUCGGGCUGGCUCCGAGCGCAGUCUGCUGGAUACCAGAGUGGAGGGGAGAGAGAAAGAGGGCGAGAGAGGGAGAGUGGCGUCAAAUCUCUGCGGUGCAGAGCUGGAACAAAAGCUGCUUCUCUGUGAAAACCACACGCCCCGUUUCAUCGGCUCACCUGCUCCUUUUCUUUUUCUUCUUUUUUUUUCCUGGAGGAAAACGAAAAGAAAAAAAAGAAAGAAAAAAGAGGACUUACCACCAACAAGUUGCAACGAGGACUGGUGCGCGUCCCUGCGAGCAAACUUGGUGUUUCACGCUCCAGCAAGUCAGUGCGCAGCGCCGGAUGCACCAACAGAACAAUUGCGUUAAAGAAGAAAGGCGAGAAGAGACGCUGAUUCCCAAGUCCGUUUUGGCGACGCUCGCAAGCUCCUUCGCGUACCUGCAAAAGAGUCGCGACGGCAGCAUGAGCGCGGAGCUCAGCAUGGGCCCGGAGCUACCCAGCAGCCCUCUGGCUCUGGAAUAUGUCAACGAUUUCGACCUGAUGAAGUUUGACGUCAAGAAGGAGGCUUUGGCCGGCCUGGAACGCGGAGGAGUGCGUCAGUGCAACCGCCUCCAACCGCAAGGCUCCGUGUCGUCCACGCCGAUCAGCACGCCCUGCAGCUCGGUGCCCUCGUCGCCCAGCUUCAGCCCCGCGGAGCAAAAGAACCACCUGGAGGAGUUGUACUGGGUGCCCGGCGGCGGCGGCGGCGGCUACCACCAGCAGAUGGACCCCCAGACCCUCGGCCUGACCCCAGAGGACGCGGUGGAGGCCCUGAUCGGAGCCACGAGCCACGGCCACGCUGCGCCUCCGCACGUCCAGCAGCAGCAGCUGCAACAGCAAGGCGCCUUCGAGGGCUUCAGGGGUCCGCAUCACCACCACGGCCACCACGGCCACCACGGCCACGGCCAGCAGCAGCAGCAACAGCAGCAGCAGCACCACCACCACCACCCGUACGCGGGCGCCAUGGGCCACCACGCCGAGGAGCUGCACGGCCACCCGCACGGCCAGCACCACCAUCACGGCGGCGGCGGCGGCAACACCCAGGAUCCCGACAGCCCGUCCCCGGUGUCCCCGGAGGCCCACCACCACCACCACCGCCACCACCACCACCACCACCACCACCCGCACGGCCACCUGGGCCCGUCGGCGGCGGCGCACCACGGCUCGGCGGGCGGCGGCCUCAGCGUGGAGGAGCGCUUCUCCGACGACCAGCUGGUGUCCAUGUCGGUGCGGGAGCUCAACAGACACCUGCGCGGCUUCACCAAGGACGAGGUCAUCCGCCUCAAGCAGAAGCGCAGGACCCUGAAGAACCGCGGCUACGCGCAGUCGUGCAGGUUCAAGCGCGUGCAGCAGAAGCACGUGCUGGAGAACGAGAAGACGCAGCUGAUCAACCAGGUGGAGCAGCUCAAGGCGGAGAUCGGACGCCUGGCCAGGGAGAGGGACGCCUACAAACUCAAGUGCGAGAAACUUGCGGGCUCGGGUUCGGGGCCCAGCGGCGGCUUCCGCGAGGCGGGCUCCACCAGCGACAACCCCUCCUCGCCAGAGUUCUUCAUGUGAGUGGGCUUUCAUUUGCUUUUUUUUUUUUUUUUUUUGGUGUCUCCCCACCCAACCUGACGACAACAACUAAGCGACAGCGUCCACCUCGAACACAAAUCGACUGAUCCAAAUCGUCGCGGGCUCGCAAUUAUAUCCACGCAGCUCGUGCGUCAUAUCAUAAUUCUGUCAUCACCUUUCCAUCCAGGCGUCCACUGAGGUGUCGCGCCAGCAUCUUUGUCCAUUCAAAUUACUCGCGGAGAACAUUUUGAAAUUCCCUCCUGCUAGAAAACAAACAAACAAAAACAACAACAUCGCCCCUGAUGAACUUUGACCCUCUUUUGAGGCUCAAACAACUUUUACAACAGAAUCUUGCCGUUCAAUGGUGGAACAGCAAAACGAGGCCUGGCGUCUGGACAACUCUCCAAAAAGAAAACAAAAAGACACACAAAGAAAAAGAAGAAGGAGAAGAAGAAGAAGAAGAAGAAGAAGAAGAAGCAAGACUCCACUUUAUGCAAAUCUGGGGAGGACAUUUUAUGCAACAUCUCAUUGAUUUAUUGCCUGCUUGGUUAUUAUAUUCCAGUAUAGAAACGAACAACAACAACAACAAACAAAAAAAAAACUCGCAUUAAAUAUUAAUCCUGCAUGCUGGACAUGUAUGGUAAUAAUUUCUAUUUUGUACUUUCAUCAUCUCGUGUAUAUUAAUAAGAGCAUGUUGUUGAUCUGCGCUUCUCUAUAUAGUUUUUGUUUUUGUUUUGUUUGUUUCUUUUUUGGGGGGGAAGGGGGGGGGGUUCGAGAUAUGCAGCGGGGACAGAACAGCGGGACUGCCUGUGCAGCAUCAUAUGCGUCAUAUGCUGAGUGGGUGGGGGUGGGGUGGGCUGGGGGGGGGGUGGUGGGGGGGGGGGGGCUUAUUUGGGCUUGUAAAUAUUAUGCAACCGCAAAGUGCACAAGAUUGAGGAGGCUGGUUUGAACUUCUUUCUUUCUUGGUGUUUCUGUUUCUCAUUUAUUUUGAUGUUCAGUUAUCAUUUCUCAUUUGCGGGACUGAUUGAGAGAGGAGUAGUGCAUUUUUCAUUUUUUUGUUUGUCUUUGUUUUGUUUUUGUUCCAUGUUUGUCAGUCGAAUUUGUAGAGAGAAAGAAAAACAACAAACUUUGAGGCAAGUGCACUUUUGUAUGAUGAUUGAUGAUUUUUGUUUUGUUAUUGUUGCAAGUUUUCAUUUUGACUUUUGCACAAACACCCCCCAGGAAGACAAUAUGAUGCUUUAAUGACAUUUACGGGAGUUCAUGACGCAGAUUACAAAAUUACAAGUUAUCAGUUUUCUCACGAACAAACACACUCAGGGUGAAAAUUUGGACAGUCCCUAAUAUUUCAAAUUUUCCGCGAUAUUUGUGCCCUCUCCUCCCAAAAUAUGAACGUGUGAUUUGGUUAAUUAUGACCGGGAAUCAAAACAAAUAUUCAUUUCGAUUGACAGCCACCUGCAGCAUCAUCAGCGCGUCAGUGAUUGAAAAUGAUAUUUUGAAUUGCAACAUAUUUCUUGUGAGAUGUUGUGAUGCAAAGUUUGUCAAUUAGCGCUGUGUUUUCCUGAUUUUUUUUUUUUUUUUUUUUUUCUUUUUCUUCUGCAGGUCAGUGAAAAAAACGGGAUUCAGGUGGUGCAAAUGCUCAAAAUGAAAACAGUUGAUAUGUUACUUCGUGUUGAUUUCACCUUUUUUUUAUUAUUAUUAUUAUUUGAUGAUUCUGGUUCUGCUGGCCAGAUGCAUAGUUCCAUAAAGUUUUUUUAUUUUAAUGAUUUAAAUUAACAGACUGUCAGAUCAUAUCGAAUAAGCAUGGUGCUUGCAUUUGAAACUAUUGUUGAAAAGUCAUGCAUUUUAUCAAUCUUUUUUCCUUUUUGUUGAUUCAACUGUGUUGAAAUCGAACUGAAACUGCAGCAGCGGGUUGUUGUUUUGUUUUCAGCAUUUCCAUGUACUUUGUCAUGAUGGGGAUAAAUUUUCAAUCCUGUUUAUAUGAAUAAUAGUUAAACAUUUAAAUUUGAACUGUUCCAUUCAGGCUGGUUUCUGUUUAUGUCUUAUUUUUUUUGAGGGGGUUGUUUUCGGAAGAAAAUGUUUCCUAUUUUGCUUAUUAAAGUCAUUGAAAUGGCAAUAA